AUGAUCAUGCUGAAAGAAUUAACAACGGAUACUGAUACUGAAACAGCUUACACAUACGAAAAAUCUCGUUGGCAAUGUAUGUUACAAGUUACUCGAUCGGUGAAAUUAUUACGUGAAAUGCCUCAACGUGUAGAACACGCUAAAGGGAUUGCUCUAUCUGGACUAUCAAACGAAUGUAGAGAAUUAGCCGUGAGAUGUGACUGUGAUAAAUUACCAUACAUAUUUGCUCUACCAGAGUGUUUUAUUGAAGCCAAACGAGCUAUCGUAGUUCUCGAAACGUGGCUCCAGAAUGACAAAAAAUAUACUUCAUUUAUUUUAAAAUCAAUGAAAUUAUUGGAAGAAAAAUAUUCGGAAGCAAAGAAACAAUAUGUACAGGCAAAAUCACAACUGCGUUCUUGUGAACAUAAAGUAAGCUAAAAACUUAUUUUAUUGCGAUAGACUACUAAUGACACGAUGACACUUGAAUUCUGUCAACGUCAAGUUUUUUGUUUUUCAUACUGUUU